UAUCAACACGUUGAUCAGCUGUUCAAAUUAGUCAAAACAAAAAUACGUAGAUGAAGCUGCGACAAACACUUUCCGCGUUAUUUUCGAAGAUCAGAGAUUCUUAAACCAUGAACGAGGACCGGACAAGUUCGAUUCGCAUUUGCCAGGAUGGGCAUGCUAAUGCGCUUGCUUUGAACCGAGAGUGCACCCAAAUUGCCGUGGCCGGCAGAAGUCUCUUAAAGGUAUUUUCCAUUGAAAACGAUGGUUUCACCGAGGUUUGCAACAUGCGUGGAGGCAAAAACCAAAACCUCAGCUACUCGUCGAAUGAUGUUGCCUGGAGUGCGCUCGAUUCGAACAUUCUAGCGACAGCGGCCACCAAUGGCGUAGUUUCGGUGUGGGACUUGUCCAAAUUUGGCCGCCAGAAACAGUUAUUGGUAUACAACGAGCAUGAAAGGACCGCUCAUUCGGUGGCCUUCCACAACACGGAAGCAAACUUGCUGAUUUCCGGCUCGCAGGAUGGAACUAUCAAAUGUUUCGAUCUGCGGUCCGAUAAGACGGCCAUCAACACCUACUUCAGUAACUCUGAAAGCGUUCGGGACGUCAAAUUCAGUCCGCAUGCACCGAACACGUUUGCUGCGGUGUCAGAGAACGGAACCGUUCAACUGUGGGACAUUAGGAAAAACGACCGAUGCACGUCCCAAUUCACUGCCCACAGUGGACCAAUUUAUACCUGUGACUGGCAUCCACAGCAGCAGUGGUUAGCCACUGGCAGCAGAGAUAAACAAAUUAAGAUUUGGAACACAAACCCAAAAAACUCCUCGUUGGAAAAUCCGAAAAACGUUUCACUCGAGUACAGCAUUCACACGAUUGCAGUUGUCGGAAGAGUUCGUUGGCGGCCGGAUAAGAUGUAUCACAUUGCUAGUUGUGCCCUUGUAGUCGAUUACAGCAUCUACAUCUGGGAUGUCCGUCGGCCGUUCAUUCCGUACGCUUCCUUCAACGAGCACUCAAAUGUAACAACCGGGAUCGCAUUCAAGGGAAAUGAUUCCCACAUACUACUGUCCACCAGUAAGGAUUCAACGAUAUACAAGCAUGUAUUCAAGGAUGCAGUCAGGCCAGCUUUGAAGGCAAACCCUCAAGGUGCCAAUUUCAACUAUAAAGGCGAUCUACUUUAUGCGUACAAAAUGAAAUUGGUCGGUCCCCCAACGCCACCACCGGUGCAGAAAACUAGCCUUCUGGGAAGUCGCCAGAAGACUCCUCCUUCAACGGAUCAGUUUCAUCUGGCGAAAUCUAGCUUGUACCACUUUAUGACUAAAUCAACCACACAAAACGCCAAAGACGUUACGAAAACAUCCUUGCUGAAAGAUUGUCAUGCGUUGAAAGGUUGCGCGCGAGAGUAUAUUUUGACUGGUGCUUCUUUGGCGGAGAUUUGCGCUCACAAUGCAGCUAUUGCUAAAAAAUAUGGUAAAACAAACGUCAGCUUCCUGUGGAACUUCAUCAGUCAAUUGUAUGCAUACAGCUCUAUAGCAAGUUUGAAGCUAGAGCAGCGUAACUCCAAUGCGAGUCAGGGCCACUCAAACCGGUUGAUGGCCCAAAACUCAAACCAAUCGAGCAGUGGUAGAAUGGGCGAUGAUAAAAUCGGUAGUAAUUCCAACCUCGGAAAUGUUAUUCAAGCAGCAGGCAGUAGUGACGAAUUCCAUGACUACCAAAACUUAAAAGGUGAAACGAAUAGUGUGCCUUUGAAAAAAGGACAAGUGAUUUCCGUUGACAUCGAACCCAACUGUUGCGAUUUCGUGUUUGGUGAGACAGAGUUAACCUUCGAUAACGUGAACUGCAUUAAGGGUUUCCGUGAUGGAUUCCUGUAUACUGGACCGCAUGAUUUGAUCAAGGAUUACACUUUUCCGACGUCGAGUUUAAUGAAUGCUCAUGAUCUACAUCAGGCGCGCCCACGAAGGGAACAUCGGGCCGAUAGCGCUCCUGAGCAUUCACCACCGCCCAAUCCACCCUCGUUUCUAAAAAUAUCCGAUAGCAGUUCAUCGAAUCCUCCGCUUUGGGAACCGCAUCAAGUUUUGGCUGACUGUCUUACCCUACAGACCGAAAUCGGAGAUGUACAAACAUCAACUUGCAUUCUGAUAGCGCUCGGUGAUCGACGACACAACCUGCAGAUCGAUGAAGUCGUUCAUGAGUACUGGUUACUUUCAUACGUCGAGUUGCUUCACAGGCAUCAGCUGUGGAACGAAGCCACGCAGAUCAUCAACCUCAGCUGGAUUCGGUCGGUGUCCGAUUUAAACCAGCAGUCUACAACGAUGCACACCAACUGCGGCGAUUGCGGACGGCCACUGCUGAAUGCAGUCGGUUGGUACUGUUCCAAGUGCCGCUCGGUACAGAGCUCCAAGUGUAGCGUGUGCAAUGGUGUUGUGCGCGGACUUUACGCCUGGUGCCAGGGAUGCUCGCACGGGGGCCAUUUGGAUCAUCUGAAAUACUGGUUUGCCAAUAAUCCUAAGUGUCCGAAAUGUGGUCACCUGUGUGAGUAUGAAUAAGGUAGGUGGUCUUUUUGAAAAGUUCACUUUUAUAAUGAUUACUGUAAUAGAGCGUGCGACA